AUCUUUGUCAGACUAGACUACUUAAAAAUGCAAAUAAAUGCCCGUUUUCACUGUAUGUCUCCCAAUAUUAUAAUAUUUAAAAGCUCAUUUGUGAUCAAAGCUAUAAUUAGGAAUCAAAACAUAAAGCAGUGACUGAGAGAUGAACAAAUAAACAUUCAUCUAAAGCCUGACGUACCUCAUGUUACACUCACAUUGGAACAUGUUUUAUGUAUGGAUAAUCAAGCAAACCUAAGUUGCUUCUGUCCAGUAAGUGUUUAGUUUAAAAUAUUACUAUAGCUAAAAUAUGAAGAAACACUGUAAGCAAUUUGACAUUUAGCAAGUCCAGAUCAUUCUUGCACAAUUAAACUUUUUUUUUAAUUUUUUUAUCUUUAAGUAAUAAGCGUUCAUACUGACACUGGAAAACACUAAACAUAUAAGACAAACACGUUUUUUAUUGAUUUACUUUUCGCUCUGUUUCUGUAAUAGACUUUUAUUAAAGUUGUCUUCUGCCACCUAGUGGCCAAAAAUCUUUAAUCUGAGUAACAUUUGGCCUUCAAAGUAGGACAAGAUUUUAAAUUUCUUUUCUUUUCUUCUUUUAUUUGAAUGUUCGAUUCACUCAAUAACUAAAAGAAACACAAUAGGCCUAUUAUGUAACCGGUAAAACUAUUUGCGUUACAAAGCAGCAUGCGUUUAUGAUUAAUAGGCUCAAUUUUUCAGUGUCCAGCAGCAUAACGCAAUGUUUUAAUUCAUAUUGAAGAACAGAAUGAUUUCCAUCAUUAAACAACUGAUUUCCUUGUAUUCUGUAUAACCAGCACAGGUUACACUUUCUGUUUAAGUAGUCAUUUCUCGUCUAAAACUAAAGCUGUUAUAUUUUAAUUUCCGUCAAUAUGUAUUGUUCACCACUGGUCAAUGUUUUACGUUUAUUAUUAGUCUUUUCAAUCAUCAAUUGCCCUUAAAGGUCAUUGAGCACAGAGCAGUUCACUCCCAUUUAAAUAGAGAGUAGCAUCCUCCAACAACAUAUCUGAUAUUCGUGCCUCAGAGAGAAUGGCUGAAGACAAAGUGGAGCUGCACAACAUGGAGAGAGCUCUGAUGGAUAAGAUGGGACAGCAUGAUGUGAGAGAGCCGAGGCUGUUUGAGCGGCUCUUUCAGCCGUGUGUAGCCGAGCUGGUGGGAACCGCUUUCUUCGUGUUCAUCGGGUGUGUGUCCGUCAUCGAAGACGUGUCGGACACCGGCAGACUGCAGCCUGCGCUGGCUCACGGGCUCGCGCUGGCGGUGCUGGUCGCGUGUAUGGCGGAGAUCAGUGGUUCACAUUUCAAUCCAUCAUUCACCAUUGCCAUCUACCUCUGUGGUGGGAUGGAGCUGAAAAUGGUGGCGCCGUACCUGAUCUCUCAGCUUACUGGAGGUUUACUUGGUGCAGUCAUGGCCAACGGAAUGACCUCAAAUGAGAAAUAUACUCAAGCUCAAGGUGCGGCAUUUACGGUUCUCCAGGCUGAUGACCAUGUUUUGAAGCCGUUAUUUGGAGAAAUUGCCAUGACGUGUCUUGUUACCAUGGUGGUCUUACUGGGUGCAGUUAAUGCCAAGAGCAAAAGUCCUUUGGUCCCAUUUUUGGUGGGCUGCACAGUCAUCAUUAAUGUACUAGUGGGUGGUGAUGUGUCUGGUACGUGCUUGAAUCCUGCAAGAGCACUGGGUCCUGCAGUGCUGACCAACUAUUGGACUCACCACUGGGUUUACUGGGUGGGACCCAUUACUGGUGGCCUUAUCGCUGCUGCAUUAGUCAGAAUUUUGCUCGGAGACAACAACACCCGUCUACUGAUGAAGUAACAUUCAGCAAAUCUGCACCUCUCUGUCUUAUUUUGAGUGCACAAGAAUCAAACCUAUUUUCAUUUGAUUCAAUAAAAAUGUCAGAUAAUUUGUAGGCCUAAAUCCUGCCUUGAGGUUGAAAAUAUGGUGAAAGGCUGCUCUGGUGAAUAUUAAUAUUUAGAACUUUGUAUUUUGAAUUAGGAAAUUCAAAUCUAAUCGAAUGUAUUUUAUACUUUCACGGUAUUCUGUUAUAUUAUGUUCAUUCAUGCACAUUUUUAUGCCUAUAUAUUACCCAUUUAUUGGUAAUUAAUCAGAAUAAACUCUGCAAUACAAAUUGAAAUGACUCUUUUUCAGAUAUUUGGGAAGGUCUAAAAGGUACUUACUAAAUGCAGACAUGUCAGGACGUGUGUUUGAGGUUGUUAACAUGCAUGGAUUUAACACAGGUUAUAUAUGAUCACACUGUGGGAAGCUUUAAAAGCAGCAGGUCAAAGGUGAUGACCCUCUCAUAUCGGUCACUGGUUAGUUAGAGAGGUUAGUCAUCAGCCGAGUAAAAGAGGUGGACAUUGGUAACACUUUAAGUCCACUUCAAAAAUUUAAGAAUGCAUAAGAGAUCAUUGGCUUAAACAGUUUAGCUCUUUAAAAAAAAGUUAAACUUAUAGUAGAAAUGCUCAUAUAAUAAUACUAGCCUACAGGGCCGUGCACAGACCUUUUGAGGGGCAUGUGCUGAAACUGAAAAAGGGCACCCCCUCCC